AUGUAUCCCAGUAAUUUAGCUUUAGUAUCAGGAACAACGUUAUGCCUAAACAGACCAGCUCCAAAUAUUAAAAUUGAUCUUUUAAAAAAAGGAGUAUAUGGACAAGAGUUUUUUUUAAAAGAAACACAGUCUUCAAACAGGGGCUUUUUUCAGUUUCGAAUACAAGCAGAUAAACUAGAACACCCACGUGCAUAUAUUAAAAUAACUUAUAAUUGUGGUAGUCAAAUACCAGGAUGUUAUUACACAUAUUUUGUUCAUCUAAAUAAACGAAUUCCUGAAAAAUCUUUUCCUAUUGUAGCUAGUUAUAAACUUAAUAAUAUUGAGUUAGGUAAAAAAUAUUUUGGAAGAAGAAAACAUUGUCCAAAUCAACCAAUUAGAAGAAAUUUUUUUCAUUUCUUUCCUCGUAGGUAUGUUCAAAUAUCAUAUGAAAUGGUUAAAUUUUUAUUUUUUUCAGAGGUUAACUUCUUAGUGAUACUGUUUAAAGAAAUUUGA